AUGACGAUGAAGAAGUUGAAAAUUGCAAUUCAUCUAACGAGUCACAAAAUUAAUCGGAAAAGGGUCAAAGUUCAUUUGAAUUGUGUGAGCUUCAGCGAUCUCCACCCCGCAGUGUCAAGAUAUUUUUACAUUACAAGAUAUUACAACGAAAUGUAUGACGAAAGAGAAAUGAGAUUUUCGUGCCUUUCUUCAGAUUUAUUUCAUCUUAACGCUGCUCAUCAUCGUUUAUCUCAUCACGCGGUGAAACAAACUUUUCUUUUCUGUUGCUCCCUCUCGUCUCGCUUUUCUACUUAUUUACAAGGGGCUGUUCAUCGUAGUGCUUCUGCCGGCUCCCUCCAAGUGAUACUUCGAAAAUCACUAAUAAGACGACCUCAUAUUAAAGUGCAGUUGCAGACCAACAGACAAACGUGUUCUUGCUACCAAACAAUAUUUCAAUCGCACAGAAUGGAAACAGAAGAGCUGUUGAGCACGCACAAGUAA